AUGGUUGCCCCCGGUUUGACUCCGCCGGAUGGCGAGGUCUCGGACUUCAGCGUCACGACCAGCUCGGUCAAGAGCGCUGCGCUGGCCGUUGACAUUGUCGGCAUAGUGUUGACAACUGCUUUGGUCGCUUUGCGAUUCACCGCAAGACAACUUGUCUCCGGAAGAGUCGUUGCGCUCGAUGACAUCUGCUGCAUGAUUGCCUACGUUGGGUUCAUAGGAUACUGCACAAUUAGCUUGAUCAUGAUACGACAUGGCGGUGGAAUACAUCAGUGGGAUGUUCCUGAGACGGAAGUCAUUCCAUUCUUCCAGUCCGUCUUUGCCACGCAGAUUGUAUACGGACCAACUGUGUUUGCUACGAAGGCAUCUAUCCUAUUUUUCCUCACCCGGGUCUUCCAGCCAUUCGAGCGCUACUGCCGCUUCAUCUACGGCUUCACGGCGAUGUUGGGCAUCUACUACAGCCUCAUGCUGUUCCUCAAGAUCUUUAUCUGCCGUCCUAUCCAUCUGUUUUGGGCUCCUGGAUCGUCCGAUGGCGAGUGCUUCGACCAGCGCGCUCUGAUCCUUGCCGACAACAUUAUCAGUCUGAUCUCCGACAUAGCCGUCCUCGUCAUUCCGUGUCCUUUGGCAGGCGGCCUCAAAGUCGGUAUCAAGGCCAAACUGCGCAUCGCAGCCGUCUUCGGCGUCGGCGGGUUCGCAUGCGUCUGCACCUUCAUCCGACUCAUCGACAUCAUCAAGAUGGGCGGCAGCCCGGAUGCUACGUACUCGUUCACGCUGAUCAACCUCUGGGGCAUCGCCGAGGUUGGCAUCGGCAUCGUCUGCGCCUGCUUCCCCGUCAUGCCCGCCUUCUGGAAAUACCUACACAAGCAGCACCCGUCUCAGAUGACCAGCAGCUACCAACGCAGCGGCGGGCGCUCAUACGGACACCGCAGCGGGCACCGCAGCGUCAGCGGCAUCGAGCUCAAGAAAUCGCACCACUCGCGCACCAUCACCGAGCAGCGUAGCAGCGUCAGCAUGGGCGGCAAGCACACUUUGAACGGGUCCGAUGAGAACAUGUUGAUACCGCAUGACGGCAAGAUCACAGUGAGCGUGCGCGGAGGCGAGGAUCUGGAGAUGGGCAAGGCCGAACACUUGGCCGACAAUGGGCAACAUCUGCCGAGCCUGACCUCUAGAGGUAAGAGCAGCUAUGAUGAUCAGGGGAUCGUGCGCACCGUGGAGGUGCAGAUGAUGAGAGAGCCGAAAUGA